GACGUGCUGAUCCAGCCUGCUGAUCCUCCUUCACCAUUCCUCUCGUCCGCUCCGCUGCCUGUUGAGUGCCAUAGGGGACUGCAACGAUGCCUGCGGAGCACGUCCCGUCGCUGCUGGAGCACUGAGGAAAGAGCAGCCGACAAGCGAUGGUGCCGGACCCGCGUCGCCCGCCGACCUUCCGACCCCACGCCUCACGCGUCGAACAUCUGUACCAUCAACAGCAACAUCACACGCAUUCGGGCAACGACUAUUCUACCUUUGCAGAAGAGAACACAUCGUCCCUCGACAAAGGCAAGCCGCCAGUCUCACGGCAGAUCUCAUUCCUAUCGGAGUACGCCCACGACGCGGAUGACGAGCGUUCAACCCCCUCGACCAGCUCCGAGCGGUCAUCCUUUGACACCACAAUGGGUCCCGGAGAGCCUGUCGACGCGCCCGAGCCUUCGUACCCCGGCGAAGAUACCAGGCCGACUUCUAACAAGGAGUUGCUGGGCUUCUACACGUAUUCGUUUGCCGCCGAAGUGUUCGUCGUCUGCGGUCUCGGCGCUUUCAUCCCUAUUACCCUAGAGGAUCUCGCGCGCGCUUCUUCAACCGCAGUGCUUGCGCAUGAUCACAGCAAGUCAUGCAAAGCUCAAGGUCUGGACAGACGGUCUUUGGUGGGCGCUACCAGUUCUCUAUUCGCUCGAGCAAGCAAUGACAAGGCUAAAGGCGCACAAUGCGUCUUCAAGAUCCUGGGAAUGGAGGUGAACACAGCUUCUUUUGCUAUGUACACCUUCUCUCUGUCAGUACUUCUCCAAGCAUUCCUCGUGGUCACCAUGUCUGGCGCAGCAGAUCACGGCAAAUAUCGAAAGUCUCUCAUGAUCUCGUUCGCGGUAAUCGGCGCAGUGGCGACCAUGCUUUUCUUGCCCGUCACCCCAGGAGUAUAUUUGUUAGGCAGCAUCUGGGCUAUUAUCGGGAAUGUCUGCUUUGGAGCUUCAUUUGUUCUGCUCAACUCGUUCUUGCCGCUGCUGGUCCGCUGGCAUCCUUCAGUGCGACCAACGAGCAGGAGGCAGAUAAAUGAGCAGGACUGGGCGCACGAGCGCGAGUACAGCGAAGACAACUACCAGAGACCGGCGGACUCGUCCGAGAUACUGGACUCCACUACAUCGCUGCUCCCAACAGAUGGACACACUGAGCCAUACCCGCCUUCACAAUCCACACCCUCGCCGCAAAUGCAGCUUUCCACGAAGGUCUCGUCCUACGGCAUUGGUAUUGGCUACCUUGCAGCUGUGAUCGUCCAGAUUCUUUCGGUGUUUCUGCUCGCUUCAAUGGGCGGCGACCUGUUCUCUCUCCGCUUGGUUCUGUUCAUGAUUGGCACCUGGUGGCUGUGCUUCACGAUUCCAGCCGCAUUCCUGAUGCGACCAAGACCAGGCCCACCCCUUUCUAAGGAAGCAGCAGGCCGGUCAUGGACAGGGUACAUCACCUAUUCCUGGAGGAAUCUCUACAAAACUAUGCUCCGAGCUCGGCGACUGAAAGACGUAUUGCUGUUCUUAGCUGCUUGGUUCAUGAUUUCUGACGCCAUCGCCACAGUAUCUGGUACCGCCAUCCUCUUCGCCAAAACCACGCUCGGCAUGGAGUCGACAGCCCUCGCUAUGAUAAAUGUCAUUGUUACCAUCUCUGGGAUUUUUGGCGCCUUCACCUGGUCAAAAGUAUCGCGCAUGAUGCAACUGAAACCGUCGCAGACCAUCCUCACCUGCAUCUGCCUCUUCGAAAUCAUUCCGCUGUACGGACUACUUGGUUACAUCCCAGCCAUCCAACGCUAUGGCUCUUUUGGACUCCAGCAACAGUGGGAAAUGUACCCGCUGGGAGCAGUCUAUGGUCUUGUCCUCGGCGGCCUGAGUUCUUACUGCCGAAGUCUCUAUGGCGAAUUGAUUCCGCCUGGGAGCGAAGCCGCGUUCUACGCACUCUACGCCAUUACUGACAAAGGUAGUAGUGUCUUUGGCCCUGCCAUAGUCGGCGCUAUUACUGAUGCUACUGGCGACAUCCGCCCUGCUUUCUGGUUCUUAGCAGUUCUCAUCGGUCUUCCGAUACCAUUAAUGUUCCUGGUCAAUGUGGAGCGUGGCAAGCAAGAAGGGGAGAAGCUGGCUCGCGAGACUCUUCCCGAAAUCGAUCCCAUGCUGUUUGAGUCGACAGCAGCGGAUUCGAGAAGUGUGGACGAGUAGGAGGGUCGGGUGCAUCGAUAGCCUGCGAGCGUGUAUCCUACAACAAAUUAAUGUUCUUACAACCA